GCACUGUUCCAUGACGCUUGAAUUUUAGCGGACAAACUCGAAAAGAAAUUACAAAAAGCAGACGCUUGCUACGAAAAUAGUUACUCCUCGCAAAAACCCAGCAGUUUUAACAAUAAACGACGUGUAAUCAAAGGCCGCUGCCACGAUGCCGCGCACCAAGAUACCAAAGAACUCCAAACGCAACCGCGAGGUGGCCAAUCGCGAGGAGAAGGUGCGCCUGUACGAGCUGAAAAUGGAUUCCCGCCUGAUCAGCAUCGAUUCGCUGGAGACCAAGUUCCUCUCCGCCGUGGACCACCAGGUGAAGACACUACUGGGCCAGGUGCAGAAGGAGCUGGCCAACCUCAAGAUGCCCGAGGUGCUGCGCCUCUUCGAGGAACUGGACCGCUUCAGCGACUUCAAGGCCAGCGAUCAGACGCAGCUGCUUGCCUCGAUGUCCAUGAGUGGCAGCGCCACCGAGGGGCACGCCCCCUCCACCACUGGGAGUCGCAAUGACGAAGGCUACCUUACAGAGGACAGCAGCAUCGGUGCCAGCGGUGGGAGCAUUCUGGCCGCCCACACAGGCUCCCUGCUGCGGUCCACGAAGGCCAUGCGAACUCCCGGACCACUGCACUCGGCGAGGGCCCGUCGAGCCCGGCGUAGUCGUUCCGCCUGCGGGGAUCUCAACAUAUUGCACUCGGCCAAACCGCCGUCAAUAUCGAGCAGCAGCAGCAGCCGCAAUUCGCGCAGCAAGCUGCGCACACCAAUGGCCUCGCGUGCGAAGGCCUUCAGUGCCGACCGCACUCCUUUGAAACAGAAGCAAAUGCGCCCCGGAUCGCCAACGACACCGCCGAUGGCAUUCCUGCGCUAUCCCAAGCCCGGCGAGGUGGCCCUAUCCAAAUACGGCAGCCCCAUGGUGGCUCAAGUAAUGCCAGACAAGUUCGCCAAUGUGAACAUACCCAUUCGGAACGGAGUUCUUAGCUUGCGACCCAAAAAACUGGAUGCCGACGAGGUGGAGUCAAAUCUGUUGGAGAACCUGGACGAGGACACCCUUAACCAGAUCAAAACGCUGCACGAGAACUUGCAGAUGAUUGUUAAUAAGGCCAGCCAGGCGGUGUUCAAGUAACUGUCAUUUUAAACGCUUUUCUAGAUAUAAUGUUAUAUCAUAUAUUUUAGUACGUUUCGUUUAAGUUCAUUUUUUAUUUUACUCAUUUAGUUCAAGUAUUUUGUCUUCAUUCAUAAAAAUCUAUCGUAUUUACAUAAAUUUCAAUACAUGUUUAUAUCCAAGUGUACGGCGACUUAAAUGUAAUGUUUUAAAUACAUGCUUAACCAAAAAAAAAAAAAA